AUGCACAAGAAAGAAUCAAUACUAUUAGAAUCCACAAAUAGCGAGUGUAUCGCAGGAUACUAUGACUAUAGCACAGUACACUCAAUCACAGAUUCGGCUCUAGUUUCUCGUGUCGCAUUCAACAUCACGGACGAAGAGGGCGAAGACACUCCAGUCGAUCUGCCUAUGACAUGCGUACUGGGAAGAUAUGAUUUGAACACCGACUACAAUGGUUUGACGGACGAACAGGUUGAAAAUGAAAGCAAGAAACUGAUCAUGAACGGGCCAAUCAAGGCAUAUUUACAAUGGAAAUUUUCAUAUCUCCGCUAA